AUUGCCCGGCUUCCUGUUGGAGUUGGUCUGGCAAGUCCGGGAGCUGCGUUUCUGACAAGGGAAAGAACCCCAAACUCACUUUUUCAAAUCCGCCUCGGGCCAAUUGUGGGUGGGCUCGAUCUCGACACUGCAGCUGGAGCAGUCCCGGCCCGAGGGCGGCUUCUGGCUAGCAGAAGAGGACCUUCUGUCUUCCGGAACGGAGGCUGCGCGCACUCGCUGUUUCCGGGGGGCCGGACUCCGUCGCUGUGCCGCGCUCCCCCUCGCGCGGGGCCACGUCUCCGCCUGAGCGGCCGGGCGGGGCGUUCGCCGUGGCUUCCUCAGCGCCGGGGUACCAUGAUAUUACUUGGUUUGAUUUCAGGCCAUUUGUGAGACUUUAUGUCUUCCGAAAAUGGCAGACCUAGUGUGGUCCAUCCCAGGAGCUCUUGGCCGUUGCUGAUGGCAGAAACCAAACUCGCUCGCAGUUCACUUGCAGCCCCCGAGUGUCAGCCCAGCCCGUGUCACCCUAGCCAUGGACGGUGCAGUGGCCAUACAGGAAGGCCUGUUGGAGGACAGACCCAGCAGUGGGAUCUUGGCUGGCCCCGAGGCCCCGCCAGAGCCCACUGGCUCCCUGACAUCACUGGACCAGCGGGAUGAAGCCCAGUGUGCCGGUGUCGAGGUAAACAGAGCUUCAGAUGAAGGAGGAAGCCAAGGGGACACCUGUCCGAAUGGGCCAGCGCCACAGUUCCCAGACCCUCCGCUGUCAGUGGGUCCUGAAGCCUCUCCAGGUGUGGCUGAUUUCCAUGACAACCUAAGGAAGUCUCAGGGGACUAGUGCUGAGGGCAGUGUUAGAAAAGAAGCUUUGCAGUCCCUCAGACUCAGUCUUCCUAUGCAAGAAACGCAACUGUGCUCAACAGAGGCUUCAGUGCCCCUGGAGAAGGAGGAGGAGGUCCGACUUCAGGCUCGGAAACGGCUGGAAGAGCAGCUCAAACAGUACAGGGUGAAGCGCCAUCAGGAAAGAUCAAGUCAACCUGUAACUAAAACGAGACUUUUUAGCACACUUGAUCCUGAACUCAUGUUGAACCCAGAAACCUUACCGAGGGCCAGUGCCGUGGCUAUGACCAAAGAAUAUUCCUUCCUGCGCACCAGCGUCCCUCGGGGGCCGAAGGUGGGCAGCUUAGGGCUCCUGGCACAUCCUAAGGAGAAAAAAAGUUUCAAAUCAAGCAAAAUUCGGUCUCUGGCUGAUUACAGAACUGAAGAUUCCGACGCUCGGAAUUCUGGUGGAAACGUUCCGGCUCCGGACUCUGCCAGGGCCUCCCUGGAGCAGAACCGAGGCAGUGGGACAUCAGUGGUGUCCGAGCUCAGCCUGCGUCCCGAGGCCGACGCCCGCCUGGAGGAUGCGUCCCUGACGGGGGACAGUGUGUCUGAGGCUGACGGGACCGAGAGUGACAGCUCCUCCUAUAGCAGCGUCUCUGCCCGAGGGACGGCUGGCCUUCCGGUGGACACGGGGGGUGUGCGCCAGGCCCCCUCUGGGGUCAGCAGCCGGGAGAUCGCCGCUGGUGCCCUGGGCCAGCUCCCCUCCAUCUCGGAUGUCCUCCAGGCCGCAGCCGCCGAGCACCAAGAGCAGAGGCAGAAGGUCAACGGGGAGACGCGGCGCCGGGCCGACAGCAUCUGCAGCAGCGUGUCCGUGGAAAGCUCUGUUGCUGAAACUCAUGAUGAAAUGUUGCAGGUUCUUAAAGAAAAAAUGAGACUCGAAGGACAGCUGGAAGCUUUAUCAUUAGAGGCUAGUCAGGCACUUAAAGAAAAGGCCGAGCUGCAGGCGCAGCUGGCCGCCCUGCACACGAGGCUGCGGGCACAGCUGGAGCACAGCCACAGCAGCCAGCAGAGGCAGGACUCGCUCAGUUCGGAGGUGGACACCUUAAAGCAGUCUUGCUGGGACCUCGAGCAGGCAAUGAGCGCUCUGCAGAACAUUCUGGAAGCCAAGAAUGCUAGCCUGGCCUCCUCCAACAGUGACCUGCGGUUGGCAGAGGGGCAGUACCAGAGACUCAUGGCCAAAGUGGAGGAGAUGCAGAGGAGCAUCCUCAGCAAGGACAACACAGUGCAUGACCUGCGGCAGCAGAUGAUAGCCUUGCAGAGCCAGCUGCAGCAGGUGCAGCUGGAGCGCACGACGCUGACCAGCAAGCUGAAGGCGUCCCAGGCCGAGAUUGCAUCCCUGCAGAGUGUCCGGCAGUGGUACCAGCAGCAGCUCGCCCUGGCCCAGGAGGCCCGGGUCCGGCUGCAGGGCGAGAUGGCCCACAUCCAGAUUGGACAGAUGAGCCAGGCGGGCCUCCUGGAGCACCUGAAGCUUGAGAAUGUGUCCCUGUCCCACCAGCUGACGGAGACCCAGCAGAGGUCUAUCAAGGAGAAGGAGCGCAUCGCUGCCCAGCUCCAGGGCAUCGAGGCUGACAUGUUGGACCAGGAAGCUGCCUUUGUGCAGAUUCAAGAGGCGAAGUCGAUGGUGGAGGAGGACCUGCAGAGGAGGCUGGAGGAGUUUGAAGAUGAGAAGGAGCAGCUGCAGAAGACGGUGGCCUCAGCAGCGGCCCUGGAGCAGCAGCUGGAGCAGGUGAAGCUGACUUUGCAUCAGCGAGACCAGCAGCUUGAGGCUUUGCAGCAGGAGCACCUGGACCUGUUGAAGCAGUUCACCUCGACGCAGGAGACUUUGCAGAGCAGGGAGCAGGCCCUCGGGGACCUGCAGGUACACUACGACGAGCUGCAGGCCAGGCUGGAUGAGCUGCAGGGGGAGGCCGCCGCCAGGGACGACGCCAUCCGUUUCCUGCAGAACGAGAAGAUCGUCUUGGAGGUGGCUGUGCAGGCAUCCCGGAGCGGCAGGGAGGAGCUUGAUAGAGAGGCGAAGUGCCGGGGAGAGGGUGCCCGGGACACGCCAGAAACUUUAGAGCAGCUGACACAGGAAUUAGCCAUCAGGUCCAGCCAGGUGGAGCACCUGCAACAAGAAGCUGCCUCCCUGAAAAAGCAGGCACAGAAAAUAAAGGAACAGUUUCUUCAACAAAAGGUGAUGGUGGAGGCCUACCGCCGGGACGCCACCUCCAAAGACCAGCUCAUCGGCGAGCUGAAGGCCGCAAAGAGGAGGCUGGACUCGGAGGUGAAGGAGCAGCGGCAGGAGGCCGUCAGACUUCAAGGGGAGAAGCGGGCUGCGGAGGUGCAGCACUCGCGUCUGCAGAGGGAGGCGUCACAGGCCCGUCAGCAGGUGGUGGAUCUUGAAGGGCACCUCCAGUCCACGCAGAGGGAGCGCGACGAGAUGGAGACGCACUUGCAGUCUUUGCAGUUCGAUAAAGAGCAGGUGGCUGCUCUCACGGAGGCCAACGAGGUGCUCAAGAAACAGAUAGAAGAGCUACAGCAAGAAGCCUCGAGGGCCAUCACCAAACAGAAGCAGAAGAUGAAGCAGCUGGGCUCAGACCUGAGCAGCGCACAGAAGGAGAUGAAGACCAAGCACAAGGCCUAUGAGCAUGCCGUGGGCAUCCUCAGCCGCCGCCUGCAGGAGGCCCUUGCGGCCAAGGAGGCGGCCGAGGCCGAGCUGAGCCAGCUGAGAGCCCAGGUGGCCGGCGGCGGCGGCAGCGACCACACCCUGCACGAGCGGGUCCAGGCCCUGGAGGCGGAGCUGCAGGCUGUGGGCCACAGCAAGAGAAUGCUGGAGGGGGAGCUGCAGGAGGUCAUCACGCUGACCGGCCAGCAGCUGGAGGAGCAGCGGGAGAGGGUGCUGGAGCUGGAGGACGAGCUGCAAGAGUCCAGAGGCUUCAGGAGGAAGAUAAAGUGCCUUGAGGAGUCGAAUAAGAAGUUGGCUCUGGACUUAGAGCAUGAGAGAGGGAAGCUUAUGGGCCUUGGACAGUCCAGCGCAGCCUUGAGGGAACACAACGGCAUCUUAGAGACGGCUCUAGCCAAGAGGGAAGCAGACCUGGUCCAGCUGAACCUGCAGGUGCAGGCAGUUUUGCAGCGCAAAGAGGAGGAGGACCGCCAGCUGAAGCAGCUCGUCCAGGCCUUGCAGGCCGCGCUACAGAAGGAAAAGGUGACGGUGCACAGCCUCAAGGAGCAGGUUGCUGCCGCCCAGGCGGAAGCGGGGCACAACCGCCGCCAUUUUAAGGCCGCCACCUUAGAGCUGAGCGAGGUGAAGAAGGAGCUGCAGGCCAAGGAGCGGGAGGUGCAGAGGCUGCAGGCGGAGGCAGACGGGCUCCAGAUUCAGGAGGGGAAACAUUCCCAGGAAAUAGCAAAGUUCCAGGCAGAGCUGGCAGAGGCCCGGACCCAGCUCCAGCUCCUGCAGAAGCAGCUGGAUGAGCAGCUGAGCAAAGAGCCCGUAGGAAACCAAGAGAUGGAAAAUCUCAAAUGGGAGGUGGAUCAGAAAGAGAGAGAAAUCCAGUCCUUGAAGCAGCAGCUGGACGUGACUGAGCGGCAGAGUAAACAGGAGGUGGAUGGGAUACAGCAGUCACUGCAGAAUAUUAAAUCUGAGCUGGAGAUGGUACGGGAAGAUCUGUCCCUGACCCAGAAAGAUAAAUUCAUGCUUCAAGCUAAAGUGUCGGAACUGAAGAGCAACAUGAAGACGCUGCUCCAGCAAAACCAGCAGCUCAAGCUGGACCUGCGGCGGGGAGCAGCCAAGACGAGAAAGGAGCCGAAGGGAGAAGCCAGCUCUUCCAGCCCCGUGACGCCGGUGAAGAUCCCUGACUGCCCCGUGCCGGCCUCGCUUUUGGAGGAGCUGCUGCGGCCCCCGCCUGCCGUGAGCAAGGAGCCCCUCAAGAACCUCAACAGCUGCCUCCAGCAACUCAAGCAGGAGAUGGACAGCCUGCAGCGCCAGAUGGAGGCACACGCGGUCACUGUGCACGAGUCGCUGUCCUCGUGGACGCAGGGGGACCCAGCCAGCCCCUCCCGCCUGGGCGAUCACGCCAACCCCAGAGGAGACAUGGAGCAACACGGUCGGAGCAGGGCCACGAGAGAGUGCUUUGGAAUGGUGACCGCCGAGCAUCCCCACCCCGAGUGUUUGUAGCUGACCGCAGGAACGCUCUCUUCUCUGUGUUAUUUAUUUGACUGUGUGCUCUAUUGUUUUUCUAAGAGAUGAAAGUUAAGUUUUGCAUUGGCCGUUACAAGGAGUAAAAUAACAAAACGAGAGUCGAGAAUUGAUGAUAGUCAUUUGCAGGUCACAACCAGCUUUUCCCACAAAGUGACCAAAUCUUAAAAACCUAAUUUAGGUCUCAGUGAGACAUUUUGAAUGUGUCUGAAGGGUUAUUUGCGGAAGGAGGUAUCUUAGGCCUGACCGUAGACGCUGUUCUCGGACGGUCGCUGGCGGAGGCAUUGCGUUGCUGCGUCCGGCUUCUCACUUUCCUGUCUGAUUCAGAAAGAGCUUUCCUUCCUGCAGGAGCAAGACUUCGUUUGUACCUUUGGUUUUUAUUUUAUUUUGUUUUGUUUUCAGUAGCCAUCUCUCCGUAGAACGUGUAUAUAAAUACCGGAAAUCAUAAUCUAAUCUUUAAAAAGUAUAUGCUCAUAUUAUUUAAGAAUGACCCGAAUUGUCUUUUUAUUGAUUGCCUUUUGAAAAUCUGCAGUUAGGAAGUAACGUAUGUGUAGGAUUUAGGAAUGUCAGAAAAUUAUGUUUUAAGAAACGUAAUUAUUUUAUUUACCUUCUAAAGCCAAAUAUUCUUAGGCAGAAGUUCUUUGUUAUUUUAGUUUCACUUAAUUUUGAGGGUCUUCCCUUGCCAUGAGUGCACAACGUCCACCUGUUUGACCCCUGGCCCUGCAUGGCCUCGCUCACCUUGGCCAACCCCCGGGGAAGGCCUGAUGGCCACCAGGACGCCCACAUAGACACCACGGUCAGCACACACUGACCUGAUGUGGAGGCGUGGGGAGAGGCCUCAAGAGGUGGGGCGGGGGGAAGCGAGGAGGAGGAGCACGGCCAGGGCUCCCACAGGCUCCAGGCCAGGGAGCACUUUGCCCUUGUGUAGCAACGUCCACCAGCGCCUGUGUGGUCGUCAAGAGAUAAUGCUGGCCUCUGUGUGGUGACAGCCUUCAGGGGGGGGAGAAGGCCCUUGACCCUCUCAUCUGGAGAGCAGCGAAAGGGGCAGGUCAGCACGAGAGGGUCUCCCGAGGUUUAUUUGCAAUCAGACACCCCAAGUGUGUGAGGUCCUGCCUAGAGUGACUGUGAGACUCAAGGUUUGUAAGCUUGCCCCUAGUUUGCUAAGAUGAUCUAAAAUAACGUUUAUUGUUCCAAGUUAGAGAAGAGAGAGAGAGAACGGGUCUGUGUGGCCCCCUGUGCAGGUGGGCUGGUCUGAAGAUGAAGUCUGCGGUGUUACUGAUCAGGCCAGACACGCUCGUGUCACCGCAUCACCUGGGUCUCUCUUGUGGAGAAGACAGCGUGGUGUUUUUAAUCUGCUUGUGUUCUCUCACAAUAUGCUGUUAGAAGGUUAAUUGAUAAUAUUAGAGUAGCAUUAAUCACAAAGAUGUUUAGUGUUUAAAAAAAUUCCCCAGCAAGUAUUGGAACGUCUAAAAUAUGUCUAUCAUUUGUACAGGGUUAAUCUUGGAAAUUAUACUUGAAACUUUAUUCUACUCUUCAUUUUAAGUUGGAAAUCGUUUUUGACAAAAUUGUUUCCGUACCAUUGGAAAAGAAAAAUGGUAAUUUAUGUUCUUAUUUAUUUUGGCUGCGAUAUCUUUUGUUUUAAUUUUAGAGCCAAGAAAUCACACUUAGCCUCAUUUUGUAGCUGCUUUCUUGCUCCUUGCUGAGGUCUUCCAGAAAAUCACAGUGUAUCUUCCUUAGGAAAGGAUAAAGGAAUCCUGAGUAUAUCCAUCAAGAGAAAGCCAGUCUCUGUUCCCCGCCCCUUUUCCCUUUGUCGAGUCACCCUCCGUGUGUGUACGUGCGCGUGUACGUGUGUGUGUACGUGUGUGUGUACGUGUGCAUGUGCACGCGCCUUCAGCAGCGCCUCGUCUGGGCUCCUGCUGUUAUCCUGUGCCAGCUUCAUCCUCUAGUUCUGUGCGCGCCUGGCCUGCCUCUGGCCUGAGCGCUCUGGCUGCCCCCCCCACCCCAUGUCCUGUGUGUUGUGCCCCUCGUGCUGUCACGUCUGGCCUGUAGUUCCUGAUCAGGGGCCCUUGUGUCCGGGCUUCCUUAACAAAUCACCCUGAAGGGGGAGGUUGGACUGAAUCUCCUGCUCUUCGUUUGCUGCGGGUUUUUUCUCUGAGGGGCUUUACUGGCGCUCCUGUCUCCCAGAGCUUGAUUCUUUAGUGAACCGAGUUUGAAAUAUUCUUCCACUGUGGGCAGAAGUGGGAAUUAGGAACUUCCUCAUGGAAAACAGCAGUCAACUCUGGAGCACGUGUAGAAACACGUUUGCUGUUGCGCUGUAUUUGUGUAUGUUGUUCAUCCUGUAUGUCGUGUCCUCACUGGAGAGCAUGUCAGCUUGGACACUUCGUGAUGUUAUGACUUGAUUUUCUUAUGUUCCAAAAAUAACUUGCUGCGAGUGGUUAUUGUUGAUUUUUCCACGGUACACAUCAGAUAGAUGCCACGGAUCUUUUAGAUUUACAUGCCUUUGUUCUACUAUUUGGAAGGUGUAACAGGCAGUGUCUUUGAUGAGAUGUGAAACUGGCUCACACUCUGGCCUGGGGUCCAGGUGCCAGGGUGGGCCUCGAGGAAGACAGCCUGUGGAACGCUGCAUUAGGAAAAUUCUCAUUCAGCUCCUCCUCGGUUUAAAGACUUUUCUUGGUAUAGGGAUACUGCAAAAGCCAUGGGCCUGCAAGGGCACCGUGACAUAUAUUCCUACUUCUCUGAGUAUUUUUUUAACGAAAAUUAAAUGUCGUGUGUAAAGAUUGCUAGUAGUGAAAGGGACCAGCGGAUCUGAAAGAGAAAUGUCCUGGAGCGUCCCCAAGGGCCGUGAUGUGCACAGGGCGGGGCGUGUGAGAGUCUCUCGGAGCCUCACUCAGGUUCACUCACUCCCCGCAGGGCGCCUCUCAGUGUAUGGUGGUCUCAGGUUACAACAGGAUCCUUGACAGGAAUGCUUCAGAGGAUCUAGAAAACUCGGUGGUUUUAAGUUAUUCACGUUUAAUAAAAAUUUCCUCAUUAAAAGGGAGUCCUCAGGUUGGGGCUAUUCAGGGGAAAAGUGUCACCAUGCACAAUGAAUUGUACCUUUAAAAAGCAUGUUGAUUUUUUAUAAAUUUAAGUGUGCUUGGGAAUUCCUUGAAUUUUGUGCAAUAAACUAUUUUUUGUUAAAGA